GAAAGGUUGGCCAACACAAACGUGUUAUCAUGCCGCUUAUCAGUUACGGUUGAGUGGACAACCCACCGCUUGGUCUACGCGACGGCAAUAACGAUUCUUCGUCGCCAACGGAAACGAGCCGGCUAUUUCGGUUUAAUGAUCGUAAAAAUUAAAAACAGCGGAUAAGCCCACCAGCGCCCCUUAACUAUUGUAAAUAGCGCAGCUUUAUGAAAUAUUGAAACAGUUUAAGCGUAUCGCUGACCGUUAACGCAUCUAAACCAGCUAGGAAAGGCGCCAGCUCCAAACAUGGUUGCACCUAAAAUUACCAACGGCAAGCAGAAUGUCGAGCCGAAAAACAUAUACGAGGAUAAGAAGAUUUUCCCCAGCUUUCGGAGCGGUCCCUUGGAGGAAUAUCGCGAAAAGGCGAGUUUCUGUUACAAGCGUAUGAUUGUGCUGCUGGAGGGCGAGGAGCACAUACGUCUAAAGCACAAAGUAUGGCAAUGGAUGGAGCAACAUCCAGAUUAUCAGCGUGAACCGGAAGCCCCCAAUCUGGAGCGUACAAGGGAGCUGGCUAACAAGCGCCACCAUUUACUCUGGGAGCAAAAGUUCUUCGAUGUCAAUGAGUAUCUAUCUACGCCCCAUUUGCUGUUGGCCUUUGGACAGGCAAUAUUCAGUUAUGAUUUCAGCUUCUCUGUCAAGUUCGGACUCUCUAACGGCAUGUUUCCCAGCACCUUGGUAUCCAAUGGGACCGGACGCCUGGGCAAAUAUGUGGCUAAAAUAUCCGACGAUCGUAUAUUGGGCGCCUAUGCCCUAACUGAGAUCUCUCAUGGAACGAACGCAAAUGGUAUGCGGACCCGCGCUACUUAUGAUGUCAAAACGCAGGAAUUUGUUAUACACACGCCAGACUUUGAGGCGGCUAAGUGCUGGGUGGGUAAUCUGGGCAAGACCUGCACCCAUGCGAUUGUCUACGCACAGCUGUAUGUGCCGGAUGAUAAGCAUCAGGGCUUGAAUGCGUUCCUGGUGCCAAUUCGCGACGAGCGUACACUGUUGCCGUUCCCAGGCGUCACCGUUGGCGACUUGGGCGAGAAAAUUGGACUCAAUGGCAUUGACAAUGGAUUCGUAUUGUUCAAUCAAUAUCGCAUACCCAAAGCGAAUUUGCUUUCCAAGACGGGUGAUAUUGAUGCACAAGGCAAUUACAGCAGCCCCAUCAAGGAUCAGCGCAAACGUCUCGGUGCCUCGCUAGGCGCUCUGUCUACGGGUCGAGUUAAUAUCACAGCUAUUACAUAUGUGGCGCUCAGCAAGGCCAUUUGCAUUGCCACACGGUAUUCGGCGAGUCGUCGGCAGUUCGGACCCAGCGACAGCAAGCUGGAAUGGCCAGUGAUUGAAUAUCAGUCGCAGCAGUAUCGCCUGAUGCCACAUCUGGCCACAACAAUAGCUUUGCGCGUGGCCACUCUGUGGAUUGGCAAGGCUAAUGUGGAUAUGACCAUCAGGGGCAUGAUGGGCGAGGAUACCUCCAAGGAGGGCAUGGAAAUACAUGCAAUCUCGUCAGCAAUGAAACCAUGCGCCACCUGGGCGGCUCGUGAUGGCAUCCAGGAAUGUCGUGAAGCGUGUGGCGGUCAUGGCUAUCUGCGGGCAUCUGGCUUGGGCGAUCUGAGGAACGACAAUGAUGCCAAUUGCACGUAUGAGGGUGAAAACAAUACGCUCAUACAGCAGGCAUCCAAUUGGCUAAUUAGCUUGCGACGCAGCAAUGCGAACUUUGUGGAUGUUUCGCCCUUGCAGACAGUCUCAUUUCUCAAUGAUAUGAAUGCCAUUCUGCAGACCCAGGGGCAAGAGCAUAACGCUGCUCAUGCUCUUGACGUGCACAAUUUGCUGAAGGCUCUUAACUGGCUAACCGCUUGGCAGCUGGAUGCGACUGUUAAGCGUGUUGAGCAGCUGCAGUUCGCCGGCAAGGAUGCAUUUGAGACACGCAACAAUAUUCAAGUUUUCGCCGCUCAGCAACUUUCCAUUAUCUAUGCAGAGCGCACCAUUUACUAUGUGUUCUACAAGUUUGUGAACAGUCUGCCCGCCUCUGCCGAGCAGCAGGUGCUGCUCAAGCUGCUGUCCUUCUAUGGCGCCAAUUUGGUCACCAAAUACUCCGCUCUGUUCUAUCAAGGUGGCUAUUUCCGCAAUAGCUCGCACAUUGAAUUGUACCAGCAGGGCAUACUAGAGCUGCUGCCCGUGCUAAAGAACGAAGCGAUUGCUUUAGUGGACGCAAUUGCACCCACUGAUUUCAUUCUAAACUCUCCGCUGGGCAUGAGCGAUGGCAAUGUAUAUCAGCAUUUGCAGCGAACUAUUGUGUCCACACCAGGUGUGUACGAGCGCCCAUAUUGGUGGCGUGAUGUCACCUACAAGAAUUAUCUACAGCGCGCCAAGUUGUAAAAUUCCAAAAGAACCUUAAGAAAACCAAAAACAAGUCUUAAAUUGUUAUAUUCUCUUAAUAGUAUAUUAAGUUUCGUAAGAUGUGAGCAAAUAAGUGCCUUCAUUAUUAUUAUUAUUAUUAUCAAACGAUCAGAACUGUUCAAACAGCCGUGUACUUCAAAGCUUACAAACAGCUUCAUAUUAAUUGCGUGAUAUAUAUAAUCAAUGUGCAAUAUUGCUGGUCAAAGAUCAAACUUUUAUGUAUCUUUAGCUUUAAUUAAAACGUUUUGCAAUAAAGUCACUUUUUAUUCAAAA